AUCUCAAAUGUGGCUUUGACUUGCUGCUGGAAACAUGUCGCCCAUUAAUAGAAAAAAAAAUGGAGAUAUACAUUGUGUAUCACCAGUCAACCUGUAAAUACCGAGAUAUGAAUUUUUGUCCAUAUCACCCAGCCCUACUCUCUAUAGAACAGGGAAACAUCAUAUUGGACUAUGUUCACACUGUAACAAACUGGAAACAGUCAAACAUGUAUGAAUAGAUUGCAACAGGUGUGAAGAAGAAAGAAAGGAGUUCAUAAGAGGACUAACUGAAGAGUGGCACAGUGUUACAUUAGAGGAUCUACUUGGAAAGACAUCAAGGAAUAAACAUAAGCUUCUGUUUAAUUAUUUAAGAGUAGCAGGUACAGAGAGAAUUUAGUCUUUUAUUUUUUGUUUUUGUUUUGUUUUUUGCCAAUCUACUGCUCCACACUCCAGUCCAGUAGGUGGCGGUAAUGCACCUGAAAAUUGUUUUGAGAAAUGUUUUGAAGCUUUUGUUUCUAAGUUCAAGAAUAAACCUUCAAGUUUUUUGGAUAUCAUUCUUGAGAAGGUGUAUUGUAAUCAUUUAUCUUCCUGUUUGCGUUUUUCUAUGAAAGCCUGUAAAUUCCAGGAACAGUUCUGGACUUUUAUUUUGAAGCUCAGCAACUCCUCUGACCCGGAAGUUGCAUUCUUUACUACCGCUAACUUCACACUGUUUGAACAAAGAUGGCAUCUCGCGGAACCAAGUGUUAGCAGAGUGACUUUGUUGUGUUUUUAAAGUGUGAACAUGUCUAAAGUCCAAAUGCUGAGAUCGUUGGUGAAGCAGCGACUAACUGCGGCUGCUGAAGAUAUAUUUGGGCUGUUUGAAAGAACGAUAGCAGAGUACGAGGAGGAACUUUGUCGAUCAAAAGAGGAGAACGAGCGACAACGGAAACUACUGGACGCUGUUUUCAACCCUCAGCUUCGGUUACACAGAGCAGAUGUCCAGCAGCUGUCGGUGGUUAAAGAAGAGGUUCCCCCUGAGCAGCAGAAGUCGAGCUCCAGUGUGGACCAGGAGGACCCAGAGCCUCCACACAUUAAAGGGGAACAGGAGGAACUCUGGAUCAGUCAGGAGGGAGAGCAGCUUCAAGAGCUGGAGGAGGUUGAUAUCACCAAGUUCAUAUCCACUCCUGUCCCUGUGAAGAGUGAUGAUGAUGAAGAGAAACCUCAGUCCUCACAGCUUCAUUAUAGACACACUGAACAGAUGGAAACAGAAGCAGAGAGAGAGGACUGUGGAGGACCAGAACCAGCCAGGAACUCAGAUCCAGAUACACAUUUACACUCCAAGACUGAUGAAGAGACUGGAGACUCCUCUGAACCUGAGACUGAUGACAGUGAUGAUUGGACGGAGACCAGAGAACCUCAGUCAGGGUUGGGAGGGCGGCUACAAACGGAUCAGGGGGGCAGGCAGAUCACGGACAUUUACUCACAUGGUACACUGGAAGUAUCUCCCGCCAGGAAGUCCAGGAAAAAAAAUCAGCCCGAACAGCCGUGUUUGGACGGAUUUACAGCGAAAAAGCAGUUUCUUCACUCGAAAACGAACAAGGUUAGAGCGAGAAAGACCACCAACGGCCUGUAUAGCAGUCCCACAUUGUUUGCGCAGGCACAUCAGGCUGUGUGUAAGGGACGCACAGUCAGAGGUGCUGCAGCUCUGUUUGGAGUGCCGUACUCAACUCUGUAUCGGUACAUUAAAAUUAAAAGCGUGGACCCAACUGCACCAGAGCCAGGAUACAAACCUCAUAAUAAGGUGUUCUCAGCAGAGCAAGAGAGCAGCUUGAGGGAGUACCUUCUAAAGGCUGCAGAUAUUUAUUAUGGGCUCAGUUCUCGUGAGGUCCGCAGUCUUGCCUACCAGCUGGCCAAGAAGCAUGACUGUAGUUAUCCAAAGGCUUGGGAUGUGAACCAGUUAGCCGGGAGGGACUGGUCCGCCGCCUUCCUGCAUCGCAAUCCACAGCUGUUGGUCCGACGUCCUCAGGCCACCAGCCUUUCACGAGCCACAAGUUUCAAUCCUUCCAAUGUUGGAAACUUCUUUUCCAAACUGUCCAAGGUCCUGGACAGGCACCACUUCCAAGCCAAGGAUGUGUGGAACGUCGACGAUUCCAGCACGGUCAAUGUUCAAGUGCCUGAUAAAGUUGUCGCCAGCCGUGGCACAAAGCAGGUCGGAGCCAUGACGUCUGCGGAGAGAGGGACAUUUGUCACAAUGGCAUUAGCUGUCAAUGCCAUGGGUAACUCCAUCCCACCCCACUUUGUGUUUCCCUGCAAAACUUAUCAUGACCACUUUGUCAGAGACGGGCCUACAGGCUGCACUGGCUCAUGCUCAGAGUCAGGUUGGAUGCAGGAGAGCGACUUCCUGAUCUUCCUCAAACACUUCGUCCAUCACACCAAAGCAUCCGCUGACUCCAAAGUGCUUCUGCUCCUAGAUAAUCAUACCUCUCACCUCUCGCUGGAAGGCAUAGAUUAUUGUCGUGCCAACGGUGUCGUGCUCCUCUCCUUCCCACCUCACUGCUCACACAAGCUCCAGCCUGUGGACCGCAGUGUGUACGAACCUCUGAAGAGGUGCAUCAACUCAGCCAUGGACCAAUGGAUGAUGGGAAAUCCUGGGAAAAAAAUGACAAUUUAUGAUUUGCCAGGUAUUGUGGCAACAGCGCUGCCAUCUGCUGCCACACCGUCAAACAUAGUGGCUGGCUUCAGGUGUACAGGAAUCUGGCCGUUCAACCCCAGCAUCUUCACAGAGGAGGAUUUCUCACCGGCGUAUGUGACUAUGUGACAUCCGCCGGCCAGUGUGGAAACAACACCAGCUGUCCCGGUUCUGCCAGCACUGCUGUCCACCAUUGUGGUAGGGCUGGGUGAUUCAUAUUACAUAUGAAAAAUGUUUUGCGCUCUUGAGGUGAACUGCAGGAUUAGAGCAGGUGCAAAGGCCAAAAAAGUCAUACAGUUCAAAAAAAGAGAAAAGGCCUGCACACUGACAGAAAAGAGGAGGCUCUCGGAUGCAGAAAAAAGUUUAUUUCAAAACAUCAAAAUGAAAAGUGAUGUUUUGAAAUAAAAAAUCCGUGUGGACGGAGAACGAGUGACAAAGAUUGCCGUUUGCCAGUUUCAGGUUUCAGGCUCAGGAAAUUUUUUUUUUUUUUUUUUGUGGCUUUAAGUGUUGCUGCUGCCCCCGUCCACAGUCAACAGACUCCUUUGAUAGAAAUAGUUAUGGUUUUCCUCAUAGCUAUAAAGGCCAUUUUUGGUCUCUUGUGUCCCUCUAUUAUUAUGUGUACCCUCUAAAUUCAGAGGUUUUUACGCGGUGCAGGUAGAACUCUUUAUGACAUUGUUUUUUUCCAACAGCAGCAGUAGUAUGAGUCAUGGGGUGGAUAAACGAUCAGCUGCUUCAAUCAGAGCUGAUCUGAUUGAUGGAUGAGAGGAGCAGCUGCUGCAGAGGUGAGUGAAAGCAAGUGAAAGCAAUAAAGCAACUUGGGACAUAAAGUAAGCACAGCAGACACAUCAGACAGGAUGAACCAUGGUGUGAAACUCUGUAUCUUUAAAUGUUUCAGUCAUGGCUGAAAAUAACUAAAUAAACAAUCUUCCAAUGGUUUUAUACUGAUGGAUUAUGUGUUAAAGGUUUGAUUUUAUUUCCUGAAUGUUACACUUAUGGACUAUCUGUGUAAACUGCCCAUCAAGAUGUUAAAGGCUGGAUGUAACUAUUCUGAUGUUACACUUAUGGAUUCCCUGUGUAAACUGAUUGAUAUUUAGUGAUCUUAAUUUUGUGUACUUGUGUACAUGGUCUGUGUGGAUUUUAUAAUUGUCUUUCUUUUUUUCUAUCUUUGUAAUAUGUUACUGAGUUAACUAAUGGAGUAUGGUAUACAAUGGAAAGUGCCUUGAUUAACCCCCUAUGAGGGUUUUUUUUGCAUCUCUCCAUCACGUUUCUGUUGCUCAUGUACUACUUUUUUGCAUAUGUGAAAACAAAUGAACUAAACUUUAAAAAAAAAAAUUGGAACAGUUCAAUAAAAGUCAUUCUUUCAAAAA